GUCACGCUGAGUCGAGAGAGUCGAGGGAGGUUGAUGGUUCCGACGCCGACCGUCCGAGUUUGCGGGAGCGGAAAAAAAGUCACUCAGGAAGCGGGCGUCUGACUAGGAGAAGCGGCCUUCUCCGGUGCUUGGAACUCUGACUUUCCACCCGUUUUUGUUUUUUUGUUUGUUUUUUUUAUUUCCUCCAAAUACUUUUUUGUCACCAUGCCGGUGUUUCACACGAAGACGAUCGAAAGUAUCCUCGAGCCGGUGGCUCAGCAGAUCUCCCAUCUGGUGAUCAUGCACGAGGAGGGCGAGGUGGACGGCAAGGCGAUCCCGGACUUGACGGCGCCGGUGGCGGCCGUGCAGGCGGCGGUGAGCAACCUGGUCCGGGUGGGGAAGGAGACUGUGCAAACCACCGACGACCAGAUCAUGAAAAGGGACAUGCCGCCGGCGUUUAUCAAAGUUGAGAAUGCUUGCACUAAGCUGGUCAAGGCCGCCUCCAUGCUAAAAGCCGACCCGUACUCCGUUCCCGCCCGGGACUACCUCAUCGACGGCUCACGGGGGAUCCUCUCCGGGACCUCGGACCUGCUCCUCACCUUUGACGAGGCCGAGGUCCGCAAAAUAAUCCGGGUGUGCAAAGGGAUUCUGGAGUACCUGACCGUGGCGGAAGUGGUGGAGUCCAUGGCAGACCUGAUCACGUACACGAAGAACCUAGGACCAGGAAUGACCAAAAUGGCCAAGAUGAUCGACGAGCGGCAGCAGGAACUGACUCACCAGGAGCAUCGCGUCAUGCUCGUCAACUCCAUGAACACGGUCAAAGAACUGCUGCCCAUUCUCAUCUCAGGUAUCAAAAUCUUCGUGACCACCAAGACGUCGGGCAGCCAGGGCGUGGAGGAGGCCCUGAAGAACCGCAACUUCACCUUCGAGAAGAUGAGCGCCGAGAUCGUGGAGAUCAUCCGAGUGCUGCAGCUCACGUCCUGGGACGAGGACGCCUGGGCCAACAAGGACACGGAGGCCAUGAAACGCGCUCUUGGACUCAUCGACUCCAAGAUGGCUCAGGCUAAGAACUGGCUGCGCGAUCCCAACGCUCCACCAGGUGACGCCGGCGAGCAGGCCGUCCGGCAGAUCCUGGACGAAGCCGGGAAAGUCGGGGAAUUGUGUGCGGGGCGAGAGCGCCGGGAUAUCCUGGCCACCGCGAAGACUCUGGGACAGAUGACGGACCAGGUGUCGGAGAUGCGGGCCAGAGGUCAGGGCGCAUCCCCGGCCGCCAUGCAGAAGGCCCAGCACGUCUCCCAGGGUCUGGACGUCCUGACCGGCAAGGUGGGAAACGCCGCCCGCAAGCUGGAGGCCAUGACCAACUCCAAGCAGGCCAUCGCCAAGAGGAUGGACGCCGCCCAGAACUGGCUGGCCGACCCCAACGGCCCCCCGGAGGGGGAGGACAACAUCGAGGCUCUCCUCGCGGAGGCCAAGAAGAUCGCAGACAUGUGCGAGGACCCCAAGGAACGGGACGACAUCUUGCGCUCCAUCGGGGAGAUCGCCACCAUGACCGCCAAGCUGUCGGAUCUCAGGAGGCAGGGAAAAGGCGACACCCCUGAGGCCAGAGCCUUCUCCAAACAGAUUGCCACAGCCCUGCAGAAUCUGCAGUCCAAGACCAACAAAGCCGUGGCCAACAGCAGGCCCGCCAAGGCCGACGUCCACCUGGAAGGAAAGAUCGAGCAGGCCCAGCGUUGGAUCGACAACCCCACCGUGGAUGACAACGGCGUGGGUCAAGCGGCCAUCCGCGGGCUGGUGGCGGAGGGCCGCAGGCUGGCCAACGCCCUGCCCGGCCCCUACAGGCAGGAGCUGCUGGGCAAAUGCGAGCAGGUGGAGCAGCUCAUGGGCCAGCUGGCCGACCUGGCGGCCCGCGGCGAGGGCGACUCCCCUCAGGCGCGCGCCAUCGCCCACCAGCUCCAGGAGGCCCUGAAGGACCUGAAAGGGAAAAUGCAAUCGGCCAUGACUCAGGAAGUUUCCGACAUCUUCAGCGACACCACCACGCCCAUCAAGCUGCUGGCAGUGGCCGCCACCGCACCGCUGGACACGCCCAACAGGGACGAGGUUUUCGACGAGCGCGCCGCCAACUUCGAGAACCACGCCAACAGACUGGGCGCCACGGCGGAGAAGGCGGCCGCCGUGGGCACGGCCAACAAGAGCACGGUGGAGGGCAUCCAGGCUGCCGUCAAGUCCACCAGGGACUUAACGCCGCAGGUGGUUUCCGCUGCCAGGAUCCUGCUGAGGAACCCCGGCAACCAGGCCGCGUACGAACAUUUUGAGACCAUGAAGAACCAGUGGAUUGACAACGUGGAGAAGAUGACGGGUCUGGUGGACGAGGCCAUCGACACCAAGUCCCUCCUGGACGCGUCGGAGGAAGCCAUCAAGAAGGACUUGGACAAAUGCCGCGUGGCCAUGGACAAGCAGCAGCCGCAGAUGCUGGUCGCCGGCGCCACCAGCAUCGCCCGGCGGGCCAACCGCAUCCUCCUGGUGGCCAAGCGCGAGGUGGAGAACUCGGAGGACCCCAAAUUCCGCGAGGCGGUCAAGGAGGCGUCCGACCAGCUCAGUCAGACCAUCUCGCCAAUGGUCGUGGACGCCAAAGCGGUGGCCGGGAACAUCCGGGAUCCCAAUCUGAGGAAGGGCUUUCUGGACUCGGGCUAUAAGAUUCUCGACGCGGUCGCGAAGGUCAGGGAAGCGUUCCAACCUCAGGAGCCCGACUUCCCGCCGCCGCCGCCUCCCGAUUUGGAACAACUUCACCUUAACGAAGAGCCGGCCCCGCCCAAGCCCCCUCUCCCCGAGGGCGAGGUGCCGCCGCCCAGGCCCCCGCCCCCCGAGGAGAAGGACGAGGAGUUCCCCGAGCAGAAGGCCGGAGACGUGGUCAACGAGCCCAUGAUGGUGGCCGCCAGGCAGCUCCACGACGAGGCCCGCAAGUGGUCCAGCAAGGGUAACGACAUCAUCGGCGCCGCCAAGCGGAUGGCGCUGCUCAUGGCCGAGAUGUCGCGACUGGUGCGCGGCGGCAGCGGGAACAAGCGCGCCCUCAUCCAGUGCGCCAAAGACAUCGCCAAGGCCUCCGACGAAGUCACGCGGCUGGCCAAGGAGGUGGCCAAGCAGUGCACCGACAAGCGCAUCCGGACCAACCUGCUCCAGGUGUGCGAACGCAUUCCCACCAUCAGCACGCAGCUGAAGAUCCUGUCCACCGUCAAGGCCACCAUGUUGGGUCGGACCAACAUCAGCGAAGAGGAGUCGGAACAGGCUACCGAGAUGCUCGUGCACAACGCUCAGAACCUGAUGCAGUCCGUCAAGGAGACGGUGCGGGAGGCCGAGGCGGCGUCCAUCAAAAUCCGCACGGACGCCGGCUUCACCCUGCACUGGGUCCGCAAGACCCCCUGGUACCAGUGAGCGCCGAAGGGUCCGGGAACCCGCCCGCGUGGACACUAAAUGGGCAGGAAAAAGCCUCGCCGGGGCUUCCGUUCUGACUCUGAACGUGUGUACAAAUGUGUUGACAAAUACCGGGAAUAUAUAUUUGGAUUAGAAGCUGCAUUUCUUAUAACAUCGAUUUACAUAUUGACAGUACAUCGUCAUCCUGAUUGUAUCCGAUGAACAAUAUUUUUCAAUUUGCAGAUGUUCAACUUACAAGUGUUGCUUUGCCGCCAUCUAGUGGCAUUGAAGUGCCGGGGGAACUAUGUUGAAGUGAGAACUUCUAAUAGAAAAAAAAAGUUGGGCUUCACUGCCAUUUAGUGGCCUCUAUAGGCAAUCAUAAACUUUUUUUUUUUUUUUUUUUUUUUUUAAAGGGAUGGGGUGUCAAAAAUGGAUUUACAGUUAAACUGACACAAAAUACAAACAUUUUCCAUUUAAACACCAAACUGUUUUAGAUAUAAAGUCUGCUAGCUUAACGCUAACAUAAACUUUGGUUCUUUUUUUUUUUUUUCCCUUCACACCGCAAAUUUCCUCAGCUCAAGACCGUUCUUCAGACGUUUCCGUUGCGGAGAGAUUAAAAUGCCGGCGCUUACGGAACUUGCAAAAACAAUCCCGACCGCCAAUGUGCCUUUGCAACACGCUUUGCGGCGGACACAUUUUUAGAAUGGUUCGUAUCAUUUGCACACGCGCACGCGCGCGCGCAGACAAAUAUAAAGCCACACUUGACCCGCUAUGCAAACGCCGUGCCGAGUGUCCAAAUCACGCAACGUGGUGACGACGGGGCCAUGAUAUCAUUCACGGUUAUUAUUUCUCCCCCCCCCCAUUUUGUAAUAAAGCAUUUUAUAGCACUUAAGAGAUGUUUGCUCAUCUGUUGCCUAUCAAUCUGAAAAUCCACCCAAAAUAUUCAACUACAUGGAUGAAUGCAUGAAUUUAUUUAGUUUGCGAAAAAGAUUUGUUAUACAUGUUCUCGAGGAGAAAAAAUGCUCAUUUUUUAGCGUAAAAUCAAAAAAAAAUUUCUUUUAAGAGUUUUGUUUGCCCCCCAAAAAGUUGUAAUUAUUAGUCACAAAUUUCCACAUUUGUCAGAAGAAAAUAAGAGAGAAAAAAAAUCAAACAUUUCCGUAUUUUCCCCCUCAAAUAGAGGAAUACUAUUUUGGGAAUUGUACUGUAUUUCUAUAUUUUUUUUUCCCAAGUGGGUUUUUUUAGUUAAUGUUUUCUAAAAGUAUUUUUUUAUUUUUCAUGGGAAAAGAAAAAGUAAAUUUAUUUUUUUUUGUGUGAAGAAGGCACGUGUUCAUAUCAGUACUAUUUUAAUGGGGUAUUACGGGAAGGAAAUUGCAUUUAUUUCCAAGUUUUUUUUAAAGUUGUUUUUGCAAUAGAAAAUGUCCAGUUUUACAGAAAAAAAUGUGCAAAAAGAUGAGUAAGUUGUUUUUUUUUCUCAGAUAUUUGAUUCCUGAGAAAACUUUUUUUCCCAGAAAACAAAUCAAGUACCUUUUGAUUUUUUUUUUCUUUUUCCAAGAAAACUGUUGCGUGACACCAAAGAUUUGUGACAAAAUGUUAAAUUUCUUUACAAAAACAAAAACUUCUUGAGG